GUGAACAUUGUGGGGCAUUGUUUUGGUAUGAUGAAAGAUUGCUGCGAAGUUCUACUAAAACAAGCCUCAAGUAUUCUCUAUGUUGCGGUCAAGGGAAGAUCUAACUACCACCUCACAAAGAGGCUUCAAAAGAAUUGUGUGAUUUGAUGAAUGACACAGAUCCAAAAUCCAAACACUUUGAGGAUAAUUAUCGAUCAUAUAAUAGUAUGUUUUCUUUCACAUCAAUGGGCGGAAGGGUUGAUAAAACAAUCAACAGGGGUGGGUCACCUCCAGUUUUUAAACUUGGUGGUCAAAACUAUCAUCUCAUUGGGAGUUUGUUGCCCGAGGAAGGAAAUGUCCCGAAAUUUGCCCAAUUGUAUAUCUAUGACACACAACAUGAAGAUGCUAAUCGCUUAAACUCAGUGGAGGAUGAUCAACGAAAGAACAAAUCACAUGCUGAUAUUGUGUCUACCCUAAGGCUAAUGUUGGAUCAACAUAACGUUUUGGUCAAGUCUUUUAGGAUGGUUAGAUAUAAGAUUGAAGAAUGUGGUCAUUCUAAUGUUAACUUGAAGUUAAUUGGCCGAAGAGGUAGGCAUUCUAGAACAUACAAUUUGCCCACAGUGUCUGAAGUGGCGGCUUUGAUAGUUGGUGA